AUGGCUGAAGAAGAAUUUCAAGAAUCGGAAAUUUUAUUCCGAGACAGCCUCGAUUUCGACGGCCACGAUAAUCUUCCCACGAACUCCGGUCGAGAAGAGAAGAAAAUCGUAGCCGUGAAUAAGGAAAAAUCGGUCUCCAUCGAUAUUCCGAACCUCAGCUCGUCUCGAAACGCGCAUUAUUCCGGCAACGACGAGACGGAGUUUGUGCCGCCGCACGUCAUAAUCGGGCGGCGGGUGGCGGCGCUCUGCAUCGGGCACGGGCGGAGGAGUACUUUAAAGGGAAGACAUUUGAGCGAGUUUAGGAAUGCGAUUCUUAGGAUGACGGGAUUUAUCGAAACGUGA